AUGAAAGGCAGAAGCCGGCAGGCCACGCUCUUCCAAGCAUGGGGAGCGCAGCUGACUCCUGCGCCGGCGGUGGAAGAAGAGGAGGAAGAAGAGGCGGAGCUGUUGGCUGCAGCCAUAGAGGCCGAGGCAGCGGAUUCGCCGGGCGCUCCUGGUGCCCGGGGAUUCAUCGGCGGCGCGCCGGGCGCUCUGUGGAUGUUCCCGUCCAGCGGGUGCGUGGAGGAGCGUGCCUACCAGGUUCGAGCGUCGUGGGAAGCGCUCCUGGCCAACACGCUGCUCUGCCUGCCUACUGGGCUGGGCAAAACACUGGUAGCCGCCGUGGUCAUGUAUAAUUUCUACCGGUGGUUCCCGGGCGGCAAGAUCCUCUUCCUGGCCCCGACCAAGCCGUUAGUAGCUCAGCAACGGGAGGCUUGCGCCCGCCUCCUCGGCAUCCCCGCUGCGCAUAUGGCCGAGAUGACUGGAGGUACCCAAAUUGCUGAUCGGAAAGAAAUCUGGCGCACCAAAAGAGUCUUCUUUCUCACUCCUCAAAUAAUGGCAAAUGAUCUUUCUCGUGGCACAUGUCCAGCAGCAGAAAUUAAAUGCCUGGUUAUUGAUGAAGCCCAUAAAGCUCUUGGAAAUCAUGCGUAUUGUCAGGUUGUGAGAGAAUUAUGCAAAUACACCAAAGAGUUUCGAGUCUUGGCUCUAAGUGCAACUCCUGGCAGUGAUGCAAAGGCUGUGCAGCAAGUUAUUACCAACCUGUUAAUUUCACACAUAGAACUUUGCUCUGAAGAUUCUCCUGAUAUUCAGCCUUAUUCUCAUGAGCGACGAAUUGAAAAAUGUGUUGUUCCACUUGGGAAAGAAUUGACUGAAAUUCAGAAUGCUUACAUACGGGUCUUGGAAAUUUUUACUGGUCGGCUAACUAGACUCCAGGUCUUGCCACGACAUGAAAUACCUGCUCUUACAAAGUAUCAGAUAAUUCUAGCACGAGAUCAAUUUAGGAAAAACCCUGCUUCACGUUUUGAGCGAAUGCAACAAGGUGCAAUAGAAGGAGAUUUUGCUCUUUGUAUUAGUUUGUAUCAUGGUUACGAACUGUUACUGCAAAUGGGAAUGAGAUCAUUACAUACCUUCUUACGUGGAAUCAUGGAUGGAUCAAAAGGAAUGACUCGAGCCAAAAAUGAACUUGGGCGUAAUGGGGAAUUCAUGAUGCUAUACAACCAACUUGAAAACAUGUUUUUUGAUUCAACUUCAUCAAAUGGAGCUGAAGACAUGAAGACUUUCAUUUAUAGUCAUCCCAAAUUAAAGAAAUUAGAAGAUGUUGUCGUACAACAUUUCAGAUCCUGGAGAGAAAAUCAGCCUACAUCUGAAGUCACACCUGCAGACACCAGAGUGAUGAUCUUCUCCUCCUUUCGUGACAGUGUUCAGGAAAUUGCAGAGAUGCUUAACUAUCACUACCCACUUGUGAGAGUCAUGACCUUUGUAGGCCAUUCUACAGGCAAAAGCACAAAGGGUUUUACACAGAAGGAACAGCUUGAGGUAGUGAAGUGUUUCCGGGAGGGUGGCUACAACACAUUGGUCUCCACAUGUGUAGGAGAAGAAGGCUUGGAUAUUGGAGAAGUGGACCUCAUCAUUUGUUUUGAUGCUCAAAAAAGUCCCAUUCGUCUUGUGCAGCGAAUGGGCCGAACUGGACGCAAACGGCAAGGGCGCAUUGUUGUCAUUCUCUCUGAAGGAAGGGAAGAGCGAGCCAACACUGCAUUCCAGUCCAAGAAACUUACACGUGUUAAUGUAAAACAUGAUGAUGGCAGAAUCCUGGUCUGGGCCUGCUUUGCUGCCUCUGGACCAGGAUUGUUUGCCAUCAUUGAUGGAAUUCUGAAUUGUACAAAGCAAGCCAGUCCAACUGAAAGCUGGUGUCUUACAACCGAGGAAUAUGAAAAAUGGGAUAGACUAUAUAAAAUAAAAGCUGGUGAAGGAAUAAAAAAGCCAAUAUUACCACGGAGUCACUUUGUAACAUUAGAAUGCAAAGAUACAAGAACAGAAUUGGAAACUAAAGAAGUUCAUGAACUGUCACUGACAGAAUGGGCAGUCUGGCAGAACCGGCCUUUCCCUACCUAUCUGGUGGAUCACUCUGAUCGUUGCUUCCACUUCAUUAGUGUCAUGGACAUGAUAGAGCAAAUGAGACAUGAAGAGGGAGAGUGUGCUUAUGAGCUGGCAAUCCAACCUUAUCUUCAUUGGGAAGAUGUUCAUGCAUCAAACGUUCAGAUCAGCAAAAGAUGUGAGACCAUGACUCUUGAAAAAGUAUCAUCUAGAAAAAAACCAGCAGCUACAGCAAAAGAAAAAUAUUCCUUACAAGAAUUUGAUGCAGAAUGUAUGUCGCUGUUUAAAGUGGCCAAUUUUAAAUCCUCGAAAAGACCUCAAGUGAUUGAUGUAGAAACUGCAGUUCACGCUAAAAAGGAUGGCAGCAUUUCAGCUUGCUUCUCAACAAGCCUAUCACCGUUACUUGAAGCUAGAGGACAGAAAGGUUUGGCAGAUGAGAAUCAAGAAAAUACGGAUCCAGCACUCAACACAAGUAUUCAAGAAAGGACUUGUGUUAAUCCUGAAAAGGCUAUAACAAAAAUAAUUCAUCCUGCUCCUGAAAAUUGUGUACAAAAUGGACAGUGUGUGGAUUCUGGCUAUGGCUGUUUUGCAGAUGAUUCGUAUCUUUCAUCUUUAUUUUAUCUCCCAGUGCCAGAGAUUGAUUUGUUUAGAUCUUCUGAAACAAAUGCUGAUGAGAACCUUUCUUGGGGAAAAGACAUCCAGAUGAAUGUAGCAAGACUUCUGUCACAGUCCCCACCAUCUCUGGAUGAAUGGUUUGCUUCUGAGGAAAAAAGGGUGAAUGAAGGCAUGGAGCUUGAUUCAUUACAGCAAUGGGUUUCCAGCAAGUCUAAAGACAAUAUUCCAGAGAAAAGUGUAUGUUUCAAGAAUGUGUCUAUUUCCCCUCAGAACAGCUGUGAACUCUUAAACAACGGUAAAUUGUGUUCAGUGGAUACCUAUCCUUUGGAAAUGAAUAAUAUUCCAGAUACCUUCAUUAGCAGUAUGAAUGAUCUUAGCUGGGAUGACAUUUUUGAAGUUGAAACUGAACAACAGAAUGGAAUUCAAGGGGAGAAACUGUCAAAAGUAAACGAUAAUCCAGCAUUGGAUUCUCUGAAAAGGGAUAGUGGUAAAAACUGUGCAAAAACAUGCGAACAAUUUGGACGAAAUGUAAACCCUGAGGAAGAUUGUUCUAUGCAUUUAUUGGGAAAUCAUGGACAGAAUAGUCAUCCAUCAGUUGAAAAAAUGGGGGCACCUUCAGAAUUACCUGGCUUGUGUGGUCAAGCUAACAUGCAGAAUAACAAACCAAGAACCCCUGAAUGGCAUUUUUCUGACCAACUUGUUUCUGUUUGCAAUACAAGUCUCAUAACAUCAUUGAUGCCACGUAGAGAUAAAGUAGAAGUCUCUGCUGAUCUUGAUCAUGGAAGCAAAGCAAAUCCCCAUGAUUAUGAGCAGUUAUAUGAUGCUUCUGAGGAUUUGUUCUCUGUUAACUUUGAUCUUGGAUUUUCUUUUCAAGAGUCAGAAGAUGAUGCCUUAGAGCAAAUGAACUCCAUGAAAAAUAAGAGGAGCUCUGCACCUGGUCAUUCCAAUAGGGUUGAAACCUCUUUCUCAAAUAGUAGCUUGGUAAAUAAAUAUACUAGUAAUGAAUGUUUUAAUGUGACUAAAUCUUCUACACCAUUAAACUUGCAAAAGCACGAUCCUGGUCUGGCAGCAAUUGACCCUGCUAUUUCUUUGGCAUCUCCUUUCACACCAGCAAUUCAGAGAUUUUAUCAGUCACCAAACCAUGUAAAAACUGUGUGUUCCACACCCACAGGUGGACAAAUGAUACAUAUUAGAACUUCUCAUGGUUCUUGCUCUAGAAAUAAUCAAGAAAGCUCACAUAUGAGAAUUUCAAGAAAAGCAAACACCAGCAUAGUUAAAGUCUUGGCAAAAUCAGCUUUUGGAGUAGAGGAUCUUCCAUCCCAUGAACCUGGAGACAGCAGUGAAGGUGAAAAAUUUUCUUCUCUCAACAAAAAAAAGAAAAAAACAAAAAUUUUGAGAACUUCAGAUAUUAGUGACUGUGACUUUGAAUCACCAAUUCAUGCUGUCAAGAAACGGAAACGUCCACUCAUUGCUUCAGAUGUCUCUAGUGAUGAAAGCACAGAUUUUGCUAAGAAAUCAAGCCCAGUGUUUCAUGACAGAAAGAACUAUAUCAAGAAGCCAGAUCAAGAUACGAAAAGGCAGAAGAAAGGAGACAAACUUCUGAUCAAGAAUUUAGCCAAGCACUUCAUAGAUGAGGAGGCAGAACUUUCUGAAGAUGGAGUGGAAAUUUCAUCUGAUGAGAGUGUAAAAUUGGAAGGUGAAUUGAGUUCUUCCCUUAUUCAGUUUCUUGAUGAUGAGACGCAGAUCACUCAAGAUUUAAAUGAAUCUGAGAUGCAGGCAGUUUAUCUGAAAUCUGUUCGCAGUCCAGCUGUUGGCAACAAGUAUAAGAUGGUGCAUAAAGAAUACAAUCCAAUAACUGUUUUCUCACAGAUUCCAGAGCAAGAUGAAUGCUACAUAGAGGACAGUUUCUGUGUUGAGGACAAUGAAGAGGAUAAACCCAACAGCAGUUCCAGUGAUGAAGAUCUGUGCAUCAAUUUUGACCUUUUAGGGGAAGAAAGCUUUGUGAAUGGGAGAAAACAGUACCAAACCCGGCACAGGAAAAAAAUGAAAGCAGGCCAUGUGAAACUGAAAACAGAAACUCCAUUCCUCCCAAAGAGAUUAACUAGGGUUCGAAUUCUUAACAGAUCUAGUGAAGAUGAGGAGACUGAUAAAAAUGAAGAGCAGAUGGAAUCACGAGUCAGUGCUAAAGUUGAUAAGGAUUGUAAUAUUACUUCCUUAACUAAGGAUCAGACUCUGCACCAAAAAUGCUCAGUUACAAAACCCCAAGAAAGCUAUGCUAAGCCAGAAACGUUUUUGGAGAACCUUCCUAGACUCUCUUCUUCUUCUUCCUCCUCCUCCUCUUGGACUCUAAGGAAUUCAAAGAAAGCAGCAUCUCUGUGCAUUCUGGUGGAUAACCAUGAGAUCUCAUCUGGGCCAGAAGUUAUUUCAACCCUGAAAACUGUUCACGGAGUCAAGGUUGAAAUUUGUUCUCUAGGUUCCUGUGAUUAUAUUGUCAGCAACCGUCUGGCAGUGGAAAGGAAGUGCCAGGCAGAAUUGGUCAACAAAACACAUCAGAGUAAAAUGGUCCAGAGGAUGCAGCAGCUGAAGAACAAGUUUGAUAGGAUCUGCAUAAUUGUGGAGAAGGAAAGAAUUAGGACAGGAGAGGCGUGGAGGGUGUUCCAUAGAACGAAGCACUAUGAUGGCAUGUUAUCAGCAUUCAUCCAGGCAGGAAUCAAAGUGCUCUUCAGUGCCUGCCAAGUGGAAACUGCUGACUUGCUAAAGGAACUAGCUUUGGUGGAACAGCGGAAGAAUGCAGCCAUCCGUGUGCCAACAGAAGUGGAGGGACCCCGACAGGAUGUUUUCCGUUUCUAUUUGACCAUUCCCUGUGUCAGCUAUACACUGGCUCUAGCUUUGUGCCACCAUUUUGGUUCUUUAAAAGAGCUGGCAAACAGUACCCCAAGGGAGAUGGCAGGCUGCACUCAGGUCAAUCAGCAGAAAGCAGAGGAAGUGUACCGCUACAUCCACUACACCUUUGACACUCAGAUGUUGCCCAAUAAUUCAAAUCAAAACAGACUGAAAUCAAAACUCAAUUGGUUGCAGUUUAUUAAAAAUAUUUUUAGCUAUGGAUCAGGUAGCUACUGGCUAUGUGGAAAAAUACAUAUCCUCCUCUUCAUCAGACUGUAUUUGUUGUUCCACUUCAAAGAGAUUCCUCACUCCAUCAGAAGUUAUUGCAUCUAUAGCAAUGAGAAAGCUGCUAUGUAUCAGGCCAAGAACCUCCUUUCCUUCAUUUGGCAAAAAUAA